UCUCUCUCAAUCAAGAGAUCUCUUUCCAUUCACAAGAAAUGGUGAACCUCGUCGCAGCGAUGAUGCCGCCGUUACACGGCCUUGUGAAGAUGGCCGGAAUAUCCCCUCACGCCGUCGAAAUCGAGCCGGGCACCGUCAUGAACAUUUGGGCCCCAAAAAAGAACAGAAUGCGCAAUGGCAAAGUCGGCACUCACGUUAAACGAGCCAUAGUGCUCGUCCACGGCUUCGCGGGCAACGGCAUCAUCACGUGGCCGUUCCAGGUGUGGUCUCUGAGGAAGAAGUACGCGGUCUACGUGCCCGACCUCCUCUUCUUCGGCGGCUCCUCCACCGCCAGGCCCGAGCGGUCGCCGGUCCUCCAGGCGGAGUGCCUCGCGAAGGCGCUGCGGAAGCUGGGGGUGGAGAGGUGCACGGUGGUGGGGUUCAGCUACGGCGGCAUUGUGGCCUUCAAGAUGGCGGAGCUCCACCCGGAGAUGGUGGAGGCGGUGGUGGCUAGUGGGUCGGAGACGGAGCUGAGUGAAUCGUUUAGCAGAGAUAUGCUUAGUAGGCUCAGGUUUUCGUCGCUAUCGGAGAUGCUGCUGCCGGAAUCUGUUGAGGGGUGUAAGGCUCUUUUGAGAAUCGGCAUGCACAAGAAGCUAUCCUUUCCAAAUCGCCUCUACAAAGACUUUCUUCAGGUGAUGUUUGUACAUACAAAAGAAAGGGCCGAGCUACUCGAGGGUCUCAUAGUUCUUGAUAAAGAUACAAAAAUACCCAAACUUUCUCAGAAAAUACAUUUGUUGUGGGGUGAGGAGGAUCAGAUAUUCAAGCAAGAACUUGCUCAACACAUGAGAGAAGGGGUAGGAGAAAAGGCGACAUAUGAAAGCAUCAAGAAAGGAGGUCAUUUAGUUCAUCUUGAAAGGCCCUUAGCCUACAACAAAUGUCUCAACCACUUCCUUGCUUCCUUGCUACCACCACAUACCUAGACUGAUAAUGACAGUUACACAUCAAGCCCGAGUCAAUUAGCCGCGGGACGCAAGCCACCUAGCCCACCUCGACAUAGCCCGAGUCUCGGCCACAUUUUAUCUAAUAUUUUGUAAUAUAAAAUAAUGAGAGCACAAUUCUAAACUCAUUUACAUGUUUUCAUUGUGUA